CGCAGAUCGGUAACACCAUUUAUCUCAGCUUCGUUAUUGGUCGCACAUUUCCUACGUAUUGAUAUACACAAUGCGUUUAAGAAUACCUGCCGGUAUUUUAUUUGCGAUGACGUGUGCUAUCAUUCCCACACAAGGAGGUUUCCAGGCUUACCAAAAACCUCAGUAUCUGAGGAAGAAAACAGGGCGUGACACCAGCCGUGACUUGCUAGUUACAAAGAAAGCCUGGUUUGACAUAGAAGUGGACGGUAAACCAGCCGGCAGAAUAGUAAUAGGAUUGUUCUGCGAGACAGUACCAGUGACAUGUCAAAACUUUGCCGCCUUGGCCAGAGGCAACUGGAGAAAUGACGAGAAGUUUGGUUACAAAAAUACCAUAAUUCAUCGUAUUGUGCAGGACUUCGUGAUUCAGGCUGGCGAUAUUACAGUCGGAGACGGAAGUGGAGGAAAGUCGAUCUAUGGGCCUUACUUCAUGGAUGAAAAUUUUUACUUAAGUCACAAUGGACCGGGGUGGGUUUCCAUGGCAAAUUCUGGUCCGGACACGAACAAUUCUCAAUUCUUUAUCACAUUAAACACGGCCAGGUGGUUGGAUGGUCAACAUGUGGUUUUUGGCAAGGUAAUCGAAGGAAUGGACGUCUUGUACAAACUCGGCGAUUUACAAGUAACUAAAUACGCAUUUCCUAAAAAAACUGUGCGAUUUUCAGACACGGGAGUAGAGCACGUGGAAAAGCCUUAUGUAUUAGAGUUACCUGCUAAAAAGUCGCCUGAGCCGAAGAAGAAAAGUAAAUAGACCAGGGACAUAUUUUUGUUUUAUAAUUCAUCACAGUCGCUUAAAGCAGUAUGAUUGUAAUCAUUUUAAAAUAAAUAAAUAAAUUGGGCUAAUAUUAUAAUUA